UCCCUCAUUCCCUUUCUUGUGCUUAGUGAAAGAGCUAGAUUAUAGAGAGAGAGAGAAAGAAAAGAAAAGAAAAGAAAAAAAAAAUGGCAAGAACUCCGUACAGCUCUCUUCUGUUGCUUGCGACUCUUCUCUUCUUGAUUACAUUCUCCAAUGUGGUUGAGGGUUACAAUAAGCUCCGCCCUCAAGAUUGCAAGCCAAGAUGUACACAUCGGUGCUCGGCGACAUCGCACAAGAAGCCGUGCAUGUUUUUCUGCCAAAAGUGCUGCUCCAAGUGCCUGUGUGUGCCACCGGGAACUUAUGGAAACAAACAAACAUGCCCUUGCUACAACAACUGGAAGACCAAGGAAGGCCGUCCAAAAUGCCCUUAGAAUUUACUUUUUAGUAUUUUCAUUAAAUCACUUUUACCUAGUAGGAUAACCAUGGGCAUUUUAGCCUAGUGUUAAUCUACUGGCUUCCAAAGUAACGAUCUAGUGUUACUUCAAGCCCUGUGAAGGUGGUUUCUACUUUGCUUUCAAUAAAUGUUCCCAAAAACAUAGAAAAAUCAAUUGAUACAUUUUUCUAUCUUUUUUACUUACAUGAUAAGUACUGCCCGUGUUUUGAGUACUACUGUGUUUGGAUGCAAGAUAGUUUUUUUUGUUUCAUUUAUUUGUUUUACACCAGAAAUAAUAGUGAAUUAUGGAAUAAUCACAAA